GCCGUAACGGGUCCCGGAAGCGCGGGCCCGAAAGGACGCCAUGGAGAAGUACGAGCGGAUCCGGGUGGUGGGGAGAGGCGCCUUCGGGAUCGUGCACCUGUGCCUUCGGAAGGCCGACCAGAAGCUGGUGAUCAUCAAGCAGAUCCCGGUGGAGCAGAUGACCAAGGACGAGCGGCUGGCCGCCCAGAACGAGUGCCAGGUGCUCAAGCUGCUGAACCACCCCAACGUGAUCGAGUACUAUGAGAACUUCCUGGAGGACAAGGCCCUCAUGAUCGCCAUGGAGUACGCCCCAGGGGGCACGUUGGCCGACUACAUCCAGAAACGCUGCAACUCCCUCCUGGACGAGGAGACCAUCCUGCACUUCUUCGUCCAGAUCCUGCUGGCCCUGCACCACGUGCACACCCACCUCAUCCUCCACCGGGACCUCAAGACCCAGAACAUCCUCCUGGACAAGCAGCGGAUGAUCGUCAAGAUCGGCGACUUUGGCAUCUCCAAGAUUCUGAGCAGCAAGAGCAAGGCCUAUACUGUGGUGGGUACCCCCUGUUAUAUCUCCCCGGAGCUGUGUGAGGGCAAGCCCUAUAACCAGAAAAGUGACAUCUGGGCCCUGGGUUGUGUCCUUUACGAGCUGGCCAGCCUCAAGAGGGCCUUUGAGGCUGCGAAUCUCCCAGCCCUGGUGCUGAAGAUCAUGAGUGGCACCUUCGCGCCCAUCUCGGAUCGAUACAGCAUCGAACUCCGCCAGUUGGUGCUGAGCCUGCUGAGCCUGGAGCCUUCCCAGCGGCCCCCGCUGAGCCACAUCAUGGCCCAGCCCCUCUGUGUCCGGGCGCUGCUAAAUCUCUACACUGAUGUGGGCAGCGUCAGGAUGAAGAGGGUAGAGAAGCCCCUGGGCAGUGUACCCGCGAUGCCGUGUGGCCGAGCAGGCGGUAGGACAGGUGGCCCCCGAUCCCGUGGGGUGCUCCAGGGGCUGCCCCGGCCAGCCAUUCCACCUCCCCUGUCCUCCGUCUACACCUGGGGUGGCGGGCUCAGCGUCCCCACCAGGCUGCCCAUGCUCAACACUGAGGUGGUUCAGGUCUCGGCUGGGCGCACCCAGAAGGCUGGCGUCACUCGGUCCGGGCGCCUCAUCGUGUGGGAGGCGCCGCCCAUGGGCGUUGGUGGGGGCAUCCUGCUGCCGGGAGCCUUGGAACAACACCAGCCUCAGUUGAUCUCCCGCUUUCUGGAGGGCCAGUCAGGGGUGACUGUCAAGCAUGUGGCUUGUGGGGACCUCUUUACUGCCUGUCUCACCGACCGAGGCAUCAUCAUGACCUUUGGCAGCGGCAGUAACGGCUGCCUGGGCCACGGCAGCUUCGCUGACCUCAGCCAGCCUACGAUUGUGGAGGCCCUGCUGGGCUAUGAGAUGGUGCAGGUGGCCUGUGGGGCAUCCCACGUCUUGGCCCUAUCCACAGAGCGGGAGCUGUUUGCCUGGGGCCGUGGGGAUGGUGGCCGACUGGGGUUGGGCACCAGGGAAUCUCACAGCUCCCCACAGCAGGUGCCUGUGCCCCCUGAACAGGAAGCCCAGUGGGUAGUGUGUGGCAUCGACUCCUCAAUGAUCCUCACGGUGCCUGGCCGGGCCCUGGCCUGUGGCAGUAACAGGUUUAACAAGCUGGGCUUGGACCGAGUGUCCCCUGGGGAGGAGCCUGGCCCCCACGACCAGGUGGAAGAAGCCCUGAGCUUUAUGCCUCUGGGUUCUGUGCCCCUCGACUCCGAGCCUUUAGUGAGCAUCGAUGUGGGCACUGCCCACUCAGCUGCUGUAACAGCUUCUGGUGAAUGCUAUACGUUUGGCAGCAACCAGCAUGGGCAGCUGGGCACCAGUGCCCGCCGGGGCAGCCGAGCCCCCUGCCUAGUGGCAGGGCUCCAGGGGAUCAAGGUGGUGAUGGUGGCUUGUGGAGAUGCCUUUACCGUGGCCAUUGGUGCAGAAGGAGAUGUGUACACCUGGGGCAAAGGUGCCCGUGGCCGACUGGGGCGCAAGGAUGAGGAUGCCGGGUUCCCUCGGCCUGUGCAGCUGGAUGAAACUCAGCCCUACACGGUGACCUCUGUGUCCUGUUGCCAUGGGAACACCCUGCUAGCCAUCCGUCCUGCCACAGAGGAAUCCAUACCACCCUGAGCAUCUCAAGCUGGAUUUCUGCCCCAACAGAGAACAGAUACCUCACCCACCUCCCCUCUGCCACCCCCAGAUGUAUUGGGUGGGUACUACCUGGCUUUCUGACUUCAGUGUGGGCCGUGCCCCCUGGUCAUUUAGGACAUUGCCUCUAAGAUGCUGGUAUGACUUGAGUGAUACAUCAAAGACAUCUCUAAGUGUAGGGGAGCCUGGCACCCUGUGUUCCAGCUCCCCUGGAAUGCCUAGGGCACAGGCCUUCCACAGGAUUGGAAAUGCCAUUCACAUUCCCCCAGCUCCUUCUUCAGCAAAUGUUAAGUGCCCACUUCCAUGCCAGGUGUGGUCUGCCCCUCUUGCCCCCCAUGCCAGGUCUGCAGCACACCUUGUCAUGGGUGUGUGUGUGAGAUUUUCUUUCCCCAAGACCACUUCCCCAAAUCCAGGAUAGGUGAGUGAGUUCAUUUCUCCAACAUGCCAAUGUGGAGACUCCAUACUGGGGCUUCAUGGGUCCAAGACAGUACAGACAAGUUUGGCCUUGUCCCUAUGGCCUAGAGGAGGGGGAAUGUCUGGAAGGGAAGCUGCCACCCCCACACUGGCAGGGCCAGCAGGUAUCAGAGUUUGCACAGCCACAGAUCUUGGGGGGAAGAGGCAGUGUGUGGGGCACCUGGGUAAGGGCAGAGGUUAAAAAAGUGGGGAGGGAGGAAGCGGCCAUUUACCCACCUGAUUGGACCUCGAUUCAAGCUUCUAGCAAUCGACCUCCUUCUCUCUGCUCCCUUUCCGGGCCUGGACUCGAGCCCUGGAAAGGCCUUCCUGGACAGCUCUCUCCCAGGGCUUGUCGGAAGGGGCAUUUCCUCAGAUAGAGAGGCUUCCUGUUGAAGCCCUGGAUGCCAGAGGGGUGCCCUAAAAUGUCAUCUCAUGGUUCCCUUCAGGGAGGGGGGGGUGUG